AUUAUGUUGCUUUUCCUGCGCAUGCGCUCCGUCCAAAGGAGACCUGUCGAGGUCGAAUUGUAGGGGUUUUUCAGUUUUGUUCAAAACAGGGUACAAAAAUGCCUGCAGACUACGAUAAAGGGGCAUACCCAGAGCCUCCUCGGCAGACUCCGGUUGUGGACAAACAAACAGCACUGCCAAACCCAGCUCUGAUUUUGUCUAAGCUCUUCUAUUAUUCCGUGGACCUGCCUGUCACCACAUUUAGAGAUGCUGUUGACAGUAUUCCUAAAAACAAGAUCGUGUACUACCACCAGAAGUUCCGUCGUGUUCCUGACCUGACGGAGUGCAAAGAGGGAGAUUACCCCUGCUACUACGAGGCAGAGAUGCAGUGGAGGAGACGUAUACAAAGUGGAUCAGGAGAUCGUGAAGUGAUCCAGGAGCGUUUGAGGGCCUGCCAGCAGAGAGAAGGACACAGCUACAGCAGAACUGUGCUAAGGAAAUUCAGCAGUUCAAUGAGGUGA